AUGCGGACCCGCGGCGCCGCGCGCAGCGAGUCCACGACCGUGUCGCCGGAGGACACCACGACCACGACGCGCCUCCGCAAGCGGUCGGCGACCGGCAGCGCCCAGGUGGAGAAGAUCCAGGCGCCGCGGCAGUACCUCGACAGCCUCCUGCGCAACCACGUCGACCCGCCCUACGCGCCGGCCCUCGACCUCUUCCAGAAGCCGCAGCCGGAGCAGGUCGCGGGCUACACGCUCGCGGCGAUGGACGCGGUGCGCAACGGGACGUGGACGCCCGCGGUCGGGCGGGCCGACGCGGCGAACAAGUUCGGCGUGACCGUGCUCCACAAGGCCUGCCGCGCCCAGUCCCUCGCGUCCGUCGAGACGCUGCUCGAGGCCGGCGCGCGGCUCUCGAGCUGCGACGCGGGCCGCGUCCCCUUACACGACGCGGUCUGGACGACGGAGCCCAACUUCGAGCUCGUGGGCCGCCUCGUCGAGGAGGACGCGACGCAGCUCUUCCGCCUCGACACGCGCGGCUUCUCCGCGCUCGACUACGCGCCCCAGGAGACGUGGCCCGCGUGGUGCGCGUUCCUCGACCGCGUCAAGCGCGAGCUCCGCGCGGCGCUCAAGCAGUCGGCGUCGCCGCUGGCGGCCGCCGCGUCGCCCCUGGUGCCCUUCGCCCACAACGUGUCGCCGACGCGGAAGAAGGCCUCGCGCGCGGUGCCGCCCGCGGCGCCGGGCGCCGCGGCGCGGCCCGCGCCGUCGCCCGACAGCCCGCCGCCGCCCGCGCGGCCCGAGGACGCGGCGGCCAUGGCGCGCGUGCUCGGCGCCUGCGGCUCCCAGGGCGCGGCGCAGUUCGGCGCGGCGCUGCGGCCCUCGGUGCCCAGCGGCGACACGCCGCCCGACGGGAGCCGCAAGCUCGACGACAGCGGCACGUGGUGGAACCUCUUCUCCUCGAACAUGCUCGACAAGCUGCCGCGGUCGUCGCUCUCGCCGACGCCCGAGGACGAGGCCGCGAAGCCCCCCGGCGACGCCGCCGCCGGCGCCGCGUCCAACGACGAGAACUCGCCGUCGACGUCGAACUCGAACUCGUCGACCUCGUCGCCCUCGGCGCCGGCCUCCGAGUCGCCCGCGUUCUCCAUCUCGCCCGCGACGCUCACGCGCGUCGCCGCGGCGACCACCACCACGAACUAG